AUGGAGGGGAGCAGCAACGCAAAGAAGACUCCCAGCAAAGUGCUCGUAGAAGAGCUUGGGAAGCGGACCGGUGUAACUAGGCUGGUGAUGAAAGAGCCCAACUUUCUGAGCCGGGGCACAAAGUUCUCCCUCCUCGAAGCUCUGUCCAGCGUUUCGUGGGUCGGUUGCACCAUAACCGGUCACUCUAGCCUGCGAGUCCUGGAGUACUACCUCCCCCCGUUCAAUCACCCGAUCGCGUGGCACGGCUCCUUUGGGCAGCGCGUGCUCUCCGCUUCAAAAGGGACCCUCAAGGAACUGAUCAUCGUCAGCUACGACGUCCACGGGCCCAGACUCCUCCAACUCGCCAAGAGCUUUCCCAACGUCAAUCUCUUGAAAGUCGACGGUUACAUUUACGGACGGGGCAGCUUUGCGGAUUUCGGACAGGUGGGAACGUUGGACGUUUCGAAUCUGGGUUCAGACCGGGAGAGCCUUGCUCGGCGGCGUGUCCCUGUUGUGUAUGCUCCCCCGCAAUCCGCUUGGCCGCCAAAGUCGGACUGCCCCUUGCUCCGGAGGAUCCAAGUGCGCGCCACUGCAGGCGUGCCAAUUUCGGCGCUGGGUGCGAAAAAGAUCCGUAACAGGUUCGCUGAGGACGUCGAGCGAAUCUUCGCGGCCUGUCCUCAGCUCAAGGAGUUGGUCUUCAGCGGCUGCUCAGGGAAAGAACUAGUGAAGUGGGAGAAAAGGUUCGAGGAAGUGGAAGUGGUGGCGUAG